AUGGCGGCGGCGCGUUCCCUGCUGGGCGCAGGGCGGGCGGGGUGUGCGGGUCGCGCUGCUGCCGGGCUCUGCUGCUGCAGCGCCUCCAGAGCGAGUCCCCAUUGCACGGUGGCCCCGCAGCAGCAGCAGCCGCCGCCCCCUGCGCCCACCCCGGACAUGAAGAGCUACCUGUGGGCGCGCUACAAGGAGGCCAAGAAAGUGACCAAGGACUUGGUUCCUUCAAUUAUGAGUAAUUUGCUGAAUCCAGAUGCUAUUUUUACCAACAAUGAAAUGAGUCUAUCAGACAUUGAAAUCUAUGGCUUUGAUUAUGACUACACAUUGGUCUUUUAUUCCAAAAAUCUGCACACUUUGAUCUAUAAUGCUGCCCGAGAUCUUCUCAUUAAUGAGCAUCGGUAUCCCGCAGAAAUAAGGAAGUAUGAUUAUGAUCCCAAUUUUGCAAUAAGAGGACUUCAUUAUGAUGUACAUCGGGCAUUAUUGAUGAAGAUUGAUGCUUUUCACUAUAUUCAAUUGGGAACAGUAUACAGAGGCCUCAGUGUCGUCCCAGAUGAAGAAGUCAUUGCAAUGUAUGAUGGUUCCCAUGUCCCCUUGGAACAAAUGAGUGACUUUUAUGGAAAGAGUUCACAUGGAAAAACAAUGAAGCAGUUCAUGGAUAUAUUUUCAUUACCAGAGAUGACUCUCCUCUCUUGUGUGAAUGAAUAUUUUCUGAAAAACAACAUAGAUUAUGAACCUGUUCAUUUGUACAAAGAUGUCAAGGAUUCAAUCAGAGAUGUCCACAUCAAAGGAAUAAUGUACAGAGCAAUUGAAGCAGAUAUUGAUAAGUACAUCUGCUAUGCUGAGCAGACCCGUGCAGUGUUAGGAAAGCUGGCUGAUCAUGGCAAGAAGUUAUUUCUCAUCACAAACAGUCCCAGUAGCUUUGUGGACAAAGGUAUGAAGUUCAUCGUUGGAAAGGACUGGAGGGAUCUCUUUGAUGUAGUCAUUGUACAGGCUGACAAGCCAAAUUUCUUCAAUGAUAAGAGAAGACCUUUUCGGAAGGUGAAUGAAAAGGGAGAGUUGCUUUGGGACAAAAUUCAUAAAUUGCAGAAAGGCCAGAUUUACAAACAGGGUAACUUAUAUGAAUUUCUGAAGCUUACUGGCUGGAGAGGUUCCAAAGUUCUGUAUUUUGGUGACCACAUUUACAGUGAUCUGGCAGAUUUGACCCUGAAGCAUGGAUGGCGUACAGGUGCAAUUAUUCCAGAGUUACGAUCGGAGAUUAAAAUCAUGAACACAGAGCAGUACAUUCAAACCAUGACUUGGCUACAAACCCUGACUGGAUUAUUGGAACAUAUGCAGAUUUACCAAGAUCCAGAUUCACAAAUGAUUUUACAGGAAUGGAAAAAGGAAAGAAAAGAAAUGAGGGAAGUGACCAGAAACUUCUUCAACUCGCAAUUUGGGGGCUUAUUCAGGACUGACCAGAAUCCAACCUAUUUCUUAAGGCGUUUAUCUCGAUUUGCUGAUAUUUACAUGGCAUCGCUGAGCUGUCUAUUGAACUAUGAUCCCAAUUACACAUUUUAUCCAAGGAGGACUCCUUUGCAGCAUGAACUCCCUACCUGGUCAGACCAACUGUGCACUGGUACAUUCAGAAUACCCUUCCUGCAAGAGAUGGUUCAGAACAAAUGA